GUUGGAAACCAAAAACAUUUUUCAGCUUGGAAUGUAAGGAAUGUAAGGAAAACGGAAAAUCACUCUAAAGGGGAGCUGACUAUAUGGAAACUGAACAUGGAAAAUGUAGUGCUGUGAUGGAACUAAAAGAAACAUGGAAAAUGGAUCAAAUAUGAUACCAUAAAAAUCAAAUCAAUUCUUAUUUUCAGUAUGAUUAACACUGUUAAUGUUAAAUUAACAUGUUCCUUAUUUUGAAAAAAAAAUUGUAGAUUUUUAUCAAACUUUAAAAUGGCGACUAUCAGGACAUAUGCAAGAAUCAAGCCGAAUCACGGAGAUUACGACGACUUUGAUGUUACCAAGGGAACUCUGUAUAUUCGUGUACCAGACCACCUCAAUGAUUUAAGUGGUGUACCCUUAAAGUCCAAAACUACCACUCUGAAUCAUGAGUUUAAAUUCGGACAUGUUUUCCCAGAGGAUGCCAAACAGGAAGAAGUGUUUGAUAAGGUGGCGCAACCUAUUGUUGAAAAUUUCCUAAAUGGUUACAAUGGGACUAUAUUUGCAUAUGGGCAGACAGGGAGUGGCAAAACAUUCACAGUUGAAGGGAGUGCCAGGAGAUAUGAAGAUAGAGGACUAGCCCCAAGAGCUUUGUCAAUGAUUUACAAGAAUCUGGAAGGGAGGGAGGACGAGACCAUCAGUAUUCACAUCUCAUAUAUGGAAAUCUAUCAGGAGAUUGGUUAUGAUCUCCUCAAUACAGCUGCUAGGAGCACCUCUGCUGUUACUCACUUUCCUAAGGUUGUUGUGACGGAAGGUGCCAGAAGUAGUUGUGUCGUGCGUAAUCUCUCCAAGCAUCUUGCAGCCAAUGAGGAGGUAGCGCAGAGUCUUCUUCUCCAGGGCCAAGCCAAUAGGAAAGUCUCGGAGACUCCAAUGAAUCAAAGGUCAUCAAGGUCACAUGCCGUAUUUACCAUACAUCUGACAUUAAAGAAAGAGGGCUCUGAUGUCAUUACAAAGUCAAAGCUGCAUCUGGUUGAUUUGGCUGGCUCUGAGAGAGUGUUUAAAACUGGAAUUGAAGGUCUUCAACUGAGUGAGGCCAAGUUUAUCAAUUUGUCCUUACAUCAUUUGGAGGGAGUCAUCAUUGCUCUGCAGAAAGGAGUAAAGGAGAGCACUAAGUCCAGGGCUAAAACUCCCUUAACUAACAUGUCAUGGACCAAGAGCUGGGUUGAUAGCAAGCGUCCCUCCACCGCUGACCCUUACAGACAAAGCAGACACAUUCCCUACAGGAACUCACUCUUAACAAUGAUGUUAAGAGAUAGUCUGGGAGGUAACUGUCUUACAUCUAUGGUUGCCACAGUUUCAAUGGAAGAGGAAAACCUUAAUGAGAGCAUAUCUACAUGUAGAUUUGCACAGAGAGUUGCAUGUGUCACCAACCAGGCCAGGAAAAAUGAGGAAAUAGAUGACAAGUCUAUGAUAAAGAGACUUCGUAAACGUAUCGCAGAACUGGAGACAGAGAUAGCAUUGUUGAAGGCUAGCCAGGGUGUGUCUGAGGAUGAGAUUGCUGGCAAGGUGCUUUCUGAUGAUGAGAAAGAAACAUGUGCCAAAGUUGUCAAGUCAUACCUCGCUGGCAAAGCACUGGACCCAAUCAGUGCAGGUAUCACUACGCCAUUGAUGUUCAAGUAUUGCUUCAAGCUGCUUAAGAAGCUUGUAGUUGACAACCACAAUGGUGGUAAAGAGAGACGAGUGUAUGACACAAGAGAUCCUAGUAGACGUCCUAUAUCAAACACCUCUCAUAUAUCAACUGUCUCCCAAGUCAGUAAUGCAACAAGCGGCUUUGAUGAGACAAUGUCUGCAACAGAUUUGGUUACAGCAAGACAACAUCAAAGGUCAAGUAGCGCUCCAGCUCCAAAUAAACGAACCAAACACCAGGACAUUUAUCCAGCAGAGGGCAGCACUUCUCCACGGCGUGGCUUUUCUGCGGAGCGUCAUCGUCACGGUGUCGAGGAAGCAUAUGAGGAUAUACCUAGAAGAAAAAUGAGUUCUGGCAGUGGUAUGAAGGGAUGGACAGGUGAUUCAUAUGUUGUGAAACCAAGGGAACCAUACAAAACUCCACAUGAGAAGAAAAUGGAACGUUCUGUGAGGAAACUAAACGAUAAGGUGGAAUCAAAACAGAGGGAGUUAACAGAACAGCGCCAACACCUGGAGGAGUUUGAACACAGCAUUAAAGAGCAACAACUUGAGAUUAUUAUCAAUGAACUCAGGAACAAGUUAGAAGUGACACAGAACCAGAUUGCGGACCAACAUGCAUAUUUGCAGAGACAAAGGAAAAGUGGCUGUGAACCAGAGCUGAUUGAGCAAGAGAAACUAGUCCUUAGACAACUCAAGAAACGAGAGGCUAAAAUGGAAAAGCGUCUCUAUAUCAUGCUGGAAACACUUGGUAACUAUAGAAACAAAAUGACGAUGAAAAAACAAGAAAUUGAUGAUAUCAUGAACCAAAGUCAACCAAUGUCUUUAGAACAGAAGUUUGGACCACAUACAUACAAACGAGAUGGAAAAUUGAAUGCUCGUCAAGUCAAAGAAUAUCUCGCAUCUGAGGAAAAGAUGACUGAAAAGUUGCAGUCUAAGAUAGACAAACAACGAGUGAUGACCAUUAGCAAGCAGAUCGAAGUAAAAGAAGCUGCCACUCGUCAAAAGUUAGCUGAUUUCAAACGACGACUAACUACCUCCAAAAGCAGCGAAACUUUGAACUUAACAGUUGAGACUGACAAUGAGUCAUAUUCAGGAAAUAGUCCCGUUAUCAGUUCUUCUGCCAAACCACAACGAUCUAAAUCUGCUUAUGAAUAUAGUUCCAAAUCACCAAGUUAUGUAAACUCAGAUGGUGCUGUUAAAUCAACCGAUGAUCUGAAUGUCGAGGAGAUUGAAUCUGGUGCUGUUGAUGAGAAUACACUGAUUUCAAGAAACACUGAGGCUAAAAAGAAACCAAGGGCUAAUGCCUUUGCUAUUGAUGUCCAAGCUUUGUUAGCUAAAACCGUUGGUGCUCAGGCCUAUAACAACCAAUUACAUAAUGGUGCUACUCAGGGGUCCUCUCAAAAGUCUAUUAAGACCUCUUCUAAUAGAUGGGAUAAUGCAUACUCAGGGAAACAAGUGAGGCCAGAAUCUGCCGAAAAUGUCUCAUUUGGAAUUUUAAAACGUAACAUACCAACCCAUGAAAAUUAUGACAGUAGGGAAGAAAUUCUUCAUAGAUCUCAAACUGGAAAUAAUACAAAUACCUCAUCAAGUAAAAGUCCUGGUUAUGAUGACCCAUUUGGUGAUCGGAGCCAUAAUAUUGACCCUUUUAGUGCAAAAUCAAUCACCACAGAUCCUUUUACUAAAAGCAGUACUAAGAAUGACACUUACUUUAACCAGUUGUUAAGUAUGAACGACACAGACCCUAGUGUCAUGGGGCGACCAAAAACUGCCCCAGAAAAACAUCGAACAGAUCCAUUUGACUCUGUAGUAGAUUAUGAAUCAACUUCGCAAUCAAUUGAACAUUUUGAAACAUUGUCACGAUCAUUGGAAAAAUCAAAUCUGGAACCUAGUCAAACUGAAAUUCUUUAUUCUGAGGAAAUUCCCGAUAAAUACUCAUCAAGCUCAAGUUUGAAUAAUCAUGGAAACCCUCGCGAAAAAGAAUUAUCGCCACAUUAUAAAGAUGGCAGCACUGUAAACAAUAAUACAUAUGACUGGAAUAAUCAGAUGGAGGCUCCGGGAGAUUUUGACUCAGCUUUGAAUAAAAUGCUUACAAAUAACGAAUCUUUAACUGUCAAAGCCGAACACUAUGAUCAGUUUGCCAGAAAUAACACUAAAAAGCCACAUUCGAGUUAUAAAAAGCCACCUUCUGGUAAAGAGCGAGAUAUGCAUCAGAAAUCACCAGAAAUUCAAAAUGGCUACCUGGAUAAUACUACCAGCAAUGCCACCUAUAUGCAGAGCAAAGAUUACAAUGGAAAAGAUUACAGUGUCGAGUCAAUAUGGGGUGAUAGACUUGGGAAAAUCGAACAAAGCGCAACACCGACAAGCAGUUCAAAGGUAACAAGCAAUGGAUCCUCUCCUCAGAGUAGCAAACUGGCCAAGUAUCUUGAAACAUCCCCUAUUACUGGAGAAACAUACUCAAAACCCAAAGCUGGUAGCUAUGACGACAGUACAGUCCACACCCACUCUACAAGUACGCCACUAAAACAACAUACCAGCCAUACGCAUACAAAUCAAGACUGGAGACGCCAUUUUACAUUCGAAGCACCACAAGCCAAUAAUGAGUCCACAAUGACGUCAUUGACAUUUGAGGAAGGACCUUCUAAAGUAAAAGCUUUAUCGGAUGACAAACGGGAGACAACAUUUAUGGAGAAAGUGACGUCUCAGAAGGAACGAGUGAAGAAGAUACGACAGGCUCGUUUGGCUGCUGAAGUCAUACAAAAAGCCUGGAAAAAAUACUCAAAAAAAGUUUAAUUAUUUGUGAAUGUAGUUUAGCGUCAAUGGGAGUUCGCUAGAAUUUCUCGAAUUUACUGGAAGGAACUUUAUGCAAAUGCCAAUUUUGAGAAAAUGUAAAAUAUUAAUAUUGCCAAUUUUGCCUUCUUUAAAAACGAAAAAAUCCUUAAGUUUUGCAGUUUAUUUUUCAGUUUUGAUUGCCAACUAUUGUCUCAUAUUCUUGGAAAAAUGCCAAAUUUCCUCAUAUUUUGCCAAUUUUGACUAUCCAUUUGCUGAUAUUGAGAAAAUAUGAAAUAAUAUUUCGAAAAACUAUGGAAUGAAUAUACAGAACUAAAGAAUAUAUUCUUGAGAAUAUUUGAAAGGAGCAUGAACAUGAAUGCAGGUCAAAACAGAAAUAAGAUAAAUUGAUUUUGUUUUUUAGCCUUAAUAAGGCCCUUCAAAAGUAGAUUUAUUGUACCUUGGGGCAGUUAUGAUAAAUUGUUAUUAACCAUAGAUAGAUGUGCCAAAUUAUGUUGAUAUGUAGCAGUUGUAGCCAAUAAAUUUUUAGAAUGUAUGCCAUAGUCAAUGUUUUAAAUUGAUGAUAUUCCACAUAAAAUGAAUAAAUGCCCAUGUAAUGGUCCCAUUGGUGGGUCUGAAAAUUGACAAGCUGUUGCAAAUUUGUCUCCAUUUUUCGAAAAAGUGAAGCUUAUUAUUCCAAAAUGUGAAACAAUGUAGCUUAAAAGUUCUAAAUUCCAGGUUCUUAAUGAAUUAACGAAAUGGUCCCAAAAUACACAUUUAGGGGGUAAACUCUGGCCCUUGCCACUCACAAAUCUGCAAUAGUCAUAUUACAAAUUCUUAAUACAGGUUACUGUUAUGACAUCUAUAAAUGCUGAAACAAAUAUUCCUCCAAAUCCACCUCAAGACAAAAGUGAUUCUGUUAUACUUUUCAUACCUUUUGACAUUCAUUGAACUAAGUUUUUGUUUGAAUAGAAAAUGAAAUGAAAAUACAAAGACCCUAUAAGUUCAAUCUCUCUGGCACCAGAACAAGGAUAUCAUUCAUAGCUAUUCUAUGUAAAAGAAACAUCAUGGACCUAACAAACAUAUUUUACAAGAUUUUAAGAUUAAGUGGAUAAUCCAUUUCAGUCUGAGGACUCUUAUGUAUAAGUGAAUAAAUAAUAUCAGAGCAAUAGGAUUAUGAACAACAAAAC